UUCCCUGGUGUCCCUGGAAAAUGCCAAAUCUGCUCUUUUCCUGGGAGGAGGAUCGGAAGUUCAUCCUGCGGGGCUGGUCUCUCGCCUUCAGCAUCGUCUCAACCCUGCUGGUGCUGAGCGUUUUGGAUGGGCGUAUAGCUUACAUACAGGGCUCUCACACUGGGUACCUGGGCUUCUGGAUUGACUGCAGGAGGCACAAGUGUGCCAGCCUGGACCAAGUCACUGUUCUCAUCCAUAUGAGCAAGGGCUUCAUGUUACUGGCCCUUGCCCUGUACCUCGUCCUCCUCCCCUCCAUGAGCCUCUCCUUCCGGCCCGUCUUCCGCCGCCUGAACAAGACCGACUUUGUCUUCAGUUUCCUCGGCAUCAGCAUUGUCCCCGGGGUCAUUGUCCAGCCUCUUGUCCCUCUGUGGCCCCACCCCAGCGCAGGGCUCCUGAUUCUUCUCAGCCUGACGCUCUUUGCAAUCAACUGCAAGAUGCUAAGCCCGAGGCCACAGGUGUCCUACCGGGCGACCUUCUACUUGUGCUGGUGUGCCAGCGCCUUGAUGCUGUGGGCCGGAGCCCUGUCCUAUUUAAACCAAGUGGGCAUGUGGCGCAAAGGCAAAUGGACGCCCUUUCGGGUGCGGCAGAUGAGCUGUCAGCGGCGGGCCUUGCGGCGAUGGGCCCCAAGGGGCAUAUCCAAACAGCAGAGCUCAGACAUGGACCCAAAGCAUAUCCGGAACCUGCCCAAUUCAUGCUCCACCCAGAGCGACACCUCAAGUCUCUCCAAGGAAUAGUACCCGAACUUCUCAGGACGCUGGCCGCCAGGACCUUCCGCAUCAGAACUUCUCACCGUGGCCCGGCCCCACCCCGAAUGUCCACUCUUGCCUCCAGAAGGACAAAGUACCGCCCAGCAUUUGGUGAAGCUCCGACCUUCUGCGGAACAGGCGCCUCCCCGGGAAGGUGUGGCUUGAAAUCCAUCCCUCCAUCCCCCUUCCCCGACUUCCCUGCCACAAUAAAACGUAGGCGCCAAACAA